AUGCUCGGCCAGGCCUCUCUUUUUGCCAUUGCCACAGCAUCGGCCUUGGUAUCGGCUGCCAAGCCGGCACCUGGGCCGGCUCAGACCUAUGCCAAGUGCCAGAGGCACUCCUGCGGCAACCCGCUAUUGGGGUGUCCUCCCGGGACCUUGUACGUGAGCCAGACCGACAAGUCGGCGAAUUUCACCAAGAUCCAGGACGCCAUCGACUUUCUUGGCAACCACACCGCGCCAGCAUAUAUCCUCAUCGGCAAGGGAAUCUAUACGGAGCAGCUCAAUGUGACUCGCCAAGGUCCUCUGACGCUCCUCGGGCAGUCUGCCAAGCCCUACAAAGGCAUCAGAUACUCCAACGUGGAGGAUGCCCUGGCUAGCGACGAGGCCGCCUUUGUCGAGAACGAGAACGAUGUGCAGGUCUUCUGGAACGCCGCCAACCAUGAUCAUCGCUUCGCCGACAACGUCUUCACCAGUACCCUAGUCGUCGGCCCUUCGCUCAACGCUACGUACACAGGCGCGGGACCGAACGGCUACCCCGUGGAUCCGGCCACACCUUUCGGUUGUGUAGAUUUCCGUGCCUACAACGUCGACUUUCGGAACAACGAGUUCCCUCGCUCCAACGGCCCGGCUCAUGCCGUAGCCGUUGCCUAUGCCAAUGCAGGCUUCUACUCGUGUGGAUUUUACAGUUAUCAGGAUACGGUGUAUGUUGGGAAGAAGGGCAACGCUUACUUCUACGACAAUAUUGUCGGAGGGCAGACGGACUUUCUGUAUGGCUUUGGCACAGCCUACCUCGAGUCUUCUACGCUGUCGUUGCGGAACUGUGGCGGUGGCAUCACCGCGUGGAAAGAGUAUUUAGGCACGAACACCACAUUUGAGAACAAAUACGGUGUCUACAUCUCCGAUACCCGUGUCGUCGCUGCCAACUCGACCAUCGCCCCCGUCAUCGCUGGCAAGUGCUCGCUCGGCAGGCCGUGGAACUGGCAGCACAGGUCCGUUUUCAUGGAGAGCUACUUUGACACUAGUAUUUUGCCCCAGGGAUAUACCCCCUGGGGCGGUGCGCCGCAGAAUGUUGGGCCCAAGACCUUCAUGGCUGUCUGGGACGACCGUGGCCCCGGCAAUAACGUGCCUGCACAGAUAGCCAGUAACCUGACAAAGGUGUUGGACAAUGCCGCUGUGAUGCCGUUUAGGUAUCCUGUUGAUGUAUUCAUCACUGAGGAUGGAGAGCCCGGGAACAUUGGCUGGAUCGAUAGCAGUGUGCUGAAGGGCGGACAGUAG